AUGGCCUCCAUCGUCACGGACGUCUUCGAUGCCCUCUGGGACUUUAAUACCCACGUCACCCUCUUUGGGCGCAUGAUGUUCCUCUGGUCCUUUGUCCUUCUCGGUCUCAUCAUUGCUGCUCAGGUUUCCCAGUACGGCGAGCCUGACCAUACCAGAAUUCAGUGGGUGCGCUUGACUGACGAGUCUCGUCCUUACUGGUAUACCUUUUACGUUCUCGAAGCCUUCCUCUUCGUCUCCGGCGGAUACCCAAUGCUUCACGAAAAGAUGUCAAUGUACCUUGGUACUGGCUACGAGGAUCAGAUACUCAACGCCAUUUGGAUCGGUCUCCUCAGCGUCGAGGCCCUCAUGGUCGCCGGCGUCACCGUCCUCUCCAUCUCCCGCAAGCUCAAGUCCCCGCCCAAGCAGAAGACGAACUGA